AUGGCAAUCAUUGUUUUCUUAAAAACAAAUGAAGAGAGCACCAGAUUUAAUUAUUGGUAUAAAGAAGUAUUUGUUGGAAUUUCUGAUUUAUUAAGAUUAGACCUUUCUUUUUCUGCUCAACAGAUUCAAGAUAAUGUUGAAAGAGUUCAGAGGGAAUAUUCUGGAAAAUGUCAUGACCUUCAAAUCAAAGCAACAGUGCUUGCUCUUGAAUCAGUGUUGAGAAAUAUUAUUCGACAACAACUUCUUAGUGAUUGUGAAAAUUGA